AUGGCCGCCGCCUCCGCCACCGCCGUCUCCGGCGUCGUGCUUCCCCACGCCUUCCUAUCCCACCGGUCGCCGCCGCCGCAGGUCCUAGCCGUGGCCUCCUCAUUCCGCCAGCUCUCCCUGUGCGCUUCCCCUCGCCGGACCACCCACAUAAUCGCCCGCGCUGACGCCAGUGCCGAAGCCGGAGAACCGGAGCCUGAGUCUGAGGCGGAACCUGUCACUGCCUCAGCUGAAUCCGAAGAGGGGGCGGCCGAGGGGGCUGUCGCUGUGGCGGAGGCGGAGGAAGAGGAACCGCCGCCGCCGAGCAAGCCGAAGGUUAAGUUCGGCGAAAUAAUUGGGAUUCUGAAUAAGCAGUUCAUUGAGGAGGCUGAGAAGGUGAAGACUGUACCGGAUCUGAGGCCCGGCGAUAUCAUUGAGCUUAGGAUGCAACGGCCCAACAAGAGGAGAUUGUCGCUCUUUAAGGGCAUAAUCAUCGCAAAACACAAAGCCGGUGUUCACACAACAAUCCGUGUCAGAAGGAUCAUUGCUGGUGUAGGAGUUGAGAUUACUUUCCCAGUGUACUCACCCAGGAUCAAGGAGAUCACGGUAAUAAGGCACAGGAAAGUGGUUGCAAUGGGAGGUAGCGGAACGCUGAUCUCGGUUUACCCCGAGGAGCUCACCUUCUUGUUUGAGCUGGACAAGCCGUGCUAUUGCAAUCUCAAGGUGGUGAACAACAGCGAGCACCAUGUCGCAUUCAAGGUCAAAACAACGUCACCGAGGAAGUAUUUUGUCCGGCCGAACGCGAGCAUCGUCCAGCCAUGGGAUUCUUGCACAAUAACGAUUACGCUGCAGGCACAGAAAGAGUACCCACCAGAUAUGCAAUGCAAGGAUAAGUUCUUGAUUCAGAGCACGAAGGUGGCUGCCAGUACCGACAUGGAUGAGAUCCCCCCUGAUACGUUCAACAAGGAAACGGAUAAGGUAAUCGAGGAAAUGAAGCUCAAGGUUGUUUACACAGUACCUAGUGGAGGUUCAGAUGACUCUAGUGUGUCAUCUUUAGGAAGCCGGAGCUUCAAAGCGGCAUCUGACGAUCUGACGAUGCUGAAGAAUGCAAGCAUCGAAGAGAUCCAGACAAUUCAGCGGCUGAAGGAAGAAAGAGAUAACAUGCUUCAGCAAAAUCAGCAAAUGCAACGUGAAUUGGAUGUGCUUCGGAGGCGUAGGAGCCGCAAAGGCGAUGCAGGUUUCUCCUUGACGUUUGCUGCGUUUGCUGGGCUAAUAGGUGUUCUGGUGGGGCUCCUGAUGAGCCUCAUCUUCUCUUCCCCACCGGCUGAUGCAUAA